AGAGGAACAGCCGAGGAGGAACGAGGUGCGCGCGUGAUCCACGUACACCGUUCGACUCGAAUUCGUUUAUCACAUUAACGGGAAAUUACAUUCCCGGGGUUCAAACAUUCAUCCCUGAGGAAUCGUUCGCCCGGCGUUGUGCACCACCUUGUGGAUUAUUACCUCGGUUUCCUUCCGGCCGAAAGAGGACACCUGCAGCAAUCAUGGCGCCGCGAAGACUGAAGAGUUGCAUGUCGGAAAAUCUCCUCACGAUUUUGACGGUCAUGGGAGUCGUAGGAGGAACGGUCCUUGGACUCAUCUUAAGGAACGUCAGGGACUCCGGAGACUGGUCGAAACGUGAAAUUAUGUACGUCCAGUUCAUGGGAGAUUUGUUCCUCCGGAUGCUGAAGGCUCUGAUUCUGCCCCUCAUCGUCUCGAGCAUUGUCAGUGCAAUCGGAAGUCUGGAUCUCUCGUUGUCAGGAAAAAUUGGAAGCCGCUCGAUUUAUUAUUACGCUACGACGACGGUGUGCGCUGUCAUUCUGGGUAUCAUUUUGGUCCUCGUAAUUCGUCCCGGGGAGAUUGGAUCGGCUGAAUACGAAGCCGACAAAUCAAAGGUUCCCACGAGAAAUGUUACGACGGAGGAUACGUUGCUCGAUUUGAUCAGGAACAUCUUCCCGCCGAAUCUAAUCCAGGCCUGCAUUAGCCAGUAUCGAACCGAGCUGGUGGACCCUCACAAUGAAUCCAUUCCUUUGAAAUCCUGGAAAAUCGAACACACCUACGCCGAUGGAACAAACACCCUGGGUCUCGUGAUAUUUGCAAUCGUGAUGGGAAUAACUCUGGCCAAGAUGGGGGAGGUCGGUAAACCACUAUUUGACUUCUUCCACUCGCUCUCCGAAGCGAUGAUGAUCAUCACUAACUGGGUGAUCUGGAUCUCGCCUAUCGGUGUCCUUUUCCUGGUCAGCUCGAAGAUCUUGGAAAUCGAAGAUCUCGGGGAGAUAGUCGGUAAGCUAGGCAUCUACUUCGCCGUUGUCCUCCUGGGUCUCUUCCUCCACGGUUUCGGCACCCUGACAAUAAUCUACUACGUCUGCACUCGGGAGCUGCCCUUCAAGGCGAUCGGUCAGAUGGGUCAGGUUUUGGUAACGGCGUUCGGAACAGCUUCAAGUUCCGCCACCCUGCCCAUCAGCCUUCAAUGCCUCGACCAAAUGGGACUCGAUCCCAGAAUCACAAGGUUCGUCGUCCCCAUCGGAGCCACCAUCAACAUGGACGGUACCGCUUUGUACGAGGCGGUUGCCGCCAUUUUCAUCGCUCAGAUCAGGGAAGUGCAGCUGAGUAUUGGAAGUGUCAUUGCCAUAAGCGUGACUGCGACUGCGGCUAGCAUCGGAGCUGCUGGCAUUCCCCAGGCUGGUCUUGUCACGAUGGUCAUGGUACUGGACACCGUUGGCUUACCCUCAGAAGACGUCAGUGUGAUCAUCGCUGUCGAUUGGUUGCUCGACCGAUUCCGUACAACGAUAAACGUGAUGUGCGACCUUCUGGGAGCUUGCAUAAUAGAGAAAAUGAGUAAAGGAGAGCUUGCAGCGGCGGAGUUGCGUCAGCAGGAGGAGAGCGUCGAGCUUACCCAUCUAAGGAAAUCAGAAGCGUGAAAAAGUGAUUAUAUGUACAUGAUACUCGGCCAUGCAUAUAACCUUCGCAUUAGUAUGUAUAUAAUUAUUAUACAUUAUGAAUACGUAAAUGGCGACUGUUGCAUGUGUCAGUAGCCACGCGCCGAUAAUAUCGCCAACAUUUUUUGUCUCAUCAAUCGGCGUUUAUACAUUAUAUACCUUUCAAGGUUCGCCAUAUAUUUCUUGCCGUGUUAUAUAAGUUUAAAAUAAGUCUAAUCACAGCGGCUGCUCCACCUAACAAUUGAUCAGGCCUCCGAAAUAUAACGGGACUUGCAAUUUUAUUUUUCAGACUGCAGCUGACACACGUUUCAAACGUUGAAAUCGCGAAUGUAUAUAUUUUGUUGUUGCUGAAAUUACAUAUGCUAUAUAUAGUCACACUACACACAUUACCUAUAUAUAUAUACAUAUACACACAGAUAAUUGUUUACCCUCGUCGAUCAUGUGUUAGAUUGCUUCGUCCAUUCCAGAUUAUAUCGAAUAUUCGCCUGCAACAUCAAACUGUGAGUCUAGAAUUGAAUGUCGAUAAAAAAACGUGUGUAAAACAAUCUCACUCAUUACCGACGACGUAUAACUUGACAAUCGCUUGUGCCUGACAAUAAUUAGUAUAUCUAUUAUUAUAUCCGUUAUAAUCGACAUCGCAGAACGUGGGACUCAAGAACUAUACAUAUAUUAUAACUACCUAUAAAUAAUACGAUACAUUUUCCAAGUCAAUAAAUUAAGUGCCAUUUCUUUUUCUCAUCUUGACGCGGUACUGGAAUUAUUAUUCUUACUAUGUUUUUUUUUUUUCCUUCAACCAUACGUACAUACGUAUAAUAUGGAAUAGCAAACCUUUGAUACUUAAAUUGUAUACUUAAUAAAUGUACCUCGAUUUAUAUGACUGUAAUAACGUGCUACACACCUACUCACGCUUUAUUUAAACUAGGUACGUUUAUACAGGUGUACCUUUUUAUUUAUAUAUGCAUACUUUCAGAGGCACAUAUCCGCAAAUCGCUGCCGACGUGUUCGUUCUUGUCUUAGAAAUGUAGACAACGUAACUCAAAUGUCAACGAUAUUAGUAAUAAUAAUAAUAAUAACAAUAAUAAUAAUAAUAAUGAUAAUAAUAAUAAUUGUGGUAGUAAUGAUAAUAAUGAAUUGAUGAAUACUUAAUAUGGCUGAAUACUAGGUGCUUUUAAGAAACGUAAUAUUGUGUAGUUACAUAUAGACAUACCAUACAUGCAUAUGUAAUUCUUGGCGAAGAUGAUAUAGUUAGUAUAAAUGUAUGGAACGCAGCGCGUUCCGAUUGUUCGUUGGUAAUAAUUAUAUCGUAAAUUGACUGCGAAAAAAUCAUCGUAAUCCUAUGCUAGAAAAACAUAGAUCUUACGCAGAUCGAUGGAUCUUCAUUGAUAUUACGUCGUUGGCUCGUUAUAAAUGAUAUUUGUGCUACUGUACUUACCGUAUAAGGAAAGCUAACGAUAAAAGUAGUCAUCUUGCUUUACAUAUUUGUUAUACUUAUAGUAUAUAUAUAUAUAUAUAUAUCUCGGUAAAUAGAUAAAAUUCCCGAGAAAAAUUAUCUGCACUGGUGCUGAAUUAAAAAAUAUUACGUUCAUGUGACAAAUUUGAGGAACGAAAAAAAAAAGCACAGAUUACAUAUUGAUAGUACAUUGUUAGCUCUCGCCACACGCUGUCAGAAGUCUUAUAUAGGUAUAUAUUUACACAUAUAUAUAAUUAUAUUAUAUACACGUUUAUUUUCAACGUCAUUUAAUUCAAUUACGAUUGUUAAUCUUGAUAUAAACUUUAGAUUUGAUUGGAGAUCAUCUAUAAAAAUCGGAUACGUUAACAAAAUAUAUCAUGUAUGGAUAUACACGCUAAAUACUACUCGGUCACUUUAUUCAAACGUCGUUUAUGCUCACGAUGUUUCCGAUGUCACCUUGUCUGUAAAAAAAAAACUCCGAACCUAAUCCCUUA